CUCUUUUCCGCGUUCCGCUCCAGCGGCUCAAAAACGACACUGUUGGCCUAUUGCCACUUCAGUCAGCCUUUAGAACGACCACUGUCGGCGCUACCAUGCGCCAAUACCAAUGCCUGUUAGCAAUAAUCGCUGCCAGCAGCGCUCUCCCGCAGCUCCCGAGCGGCAGCAAGCAGAGCACUCUCCUGCAGCUCCCACGAGGCGGACAGAGCGCUAUCUCACUACGCGGCGGAAACACAGCGCGCUGGCCCAUCACCUCAAAUGAUGCCUGGUCCAAGCAGCGGGCCGCCGGACGCGAAAUCGGGCGCCCGAAGAAGCCGACGCUGCGGCAGCAGUCCUACGAGGACGUCGUCGACGCGAAGCCGCUCGACGAACUAUUAGAUAGAGAUAGCCGCGUCGUUUUUGUGAGACGCGUGUAUGGUUUACUGACGGCGAACCUCGCCCUGACGGCCAUAAGCUGCCUCUACUGCUCGACGCACCACAAUUUAAUAAGGAAUAUACUGUUAGGCCCGAGCGGCCCGCUGCUCAUGGGGUUAUGCGUCGCCACGGGCCUCGGCGCUUCUUUAGCUGUCUCCUUCUCGACGAAAUUGCGGAGCUCCAUACCGCUCUUCACGCUCUUCGCGUGCGCCGAGAGUGUCUUGGUGGGCGUCGCCGCCUCGGCCUUCAAGGCAAGAAGUGUGUUAUUAGCCCUCGCGCAGACGGGCACGGCGACGGCAGCAUUAACAGCGUGGACACUCCAACCCAACCAGAAGUACGACCUGACGCAGUUCGGGAGCAUGCUGUUCGCGGGGCUCAUGGUCCUAUUAGUAAGUGCGGUCAUGGGUACAAUGAUGCACGUCCCGCAAAACAGUCUUGUUGGAAGUACGGUCGGCGCGUUACUGUUUUCGGCCUUCAUCGUCCACGACACGCAACUUAUCGUCGGCGGGAAGAAGCGCCAGUUCGACACAAAUGAUUAUGUCCUGGGCGCGAUGUCGUUGUACAUGGACAUCGUGAACCUCUUCCUCUAUUUAUUGCGGUUGUUUGGGGAGCUGCAGGACGACCGGGCGCUCGUACCGAGGUGAGUAAAUGUAC